AUGCUUUUAAUAAAACCAGGAAUUCAAGCUCAUCCAACAGAGCUUGUUUGGUAUUUAACAACACACCAGUCCACUUAUGUCAUUGGUGUUGACAUCAAGACAAAAACAGUUUUAAAUCUUUAUUGGGGUCCUCGUCUCUUGACAUUAAACGAUGUUGAGCUUCCCGUAAAACUUCCUCGAGAAAGAAGUUCACAGGACCCUGCUAUAACUUCUGCUCCAGAAGAAUUUCCGGUUUUUGGUGGUCUUCGUUAUGGACCUGAUGUUUUGAGAAUCGAAUUCGAUAAUGGUACACGUGAAUUAGACCUUAUAUAUACAGAUGCCAUCAUUAAUGAUUCACAAGAACUCAUCAUCACUUUAAAAGACAAAGUUCAUAAAUCACUUGAAGUAAGACUUCAUUAUAAGUUAGAUGUAAAAAACAACCUAAUCCUUCGUCAUACAGUGCUAGAGAACUUGGCCAAGAUAACAGAAAAUGAGUCUUUUAGGAUUUCGAAGGCACAAACUGCAGCUUGGCAUAUUCCUCCUCCCCCGUUAGGUAGACAACGUGAAUUGGUCACAUUAGCAGGUGCUUGGUCAAGUGAGACGCAGGUUCAGAAACAUUCAAUUCAACCUGGAACAUCGCAUCUUCUUCAAUCAACUCGUGGAAUCCCAUCAGCACAGGUAUACCCUUAUUUUGCCAUCAGGGAUCCAGAUAUAAAUGAAACUUAUUUUGGUACACUAGGUUGGAGUGGAAAUUGGGAAAUUGAGAUACAUACUGAUAUCGAGAAUCAAACAACCAUUACAGGUGGAAUGCAUGAUCGUGACUUUGGCUUUAUUUUAUCACAAGAUCAUCCUAGUCUUGAGUUGCCUGUUUUCGUUGCUGGUUUUACUUCAGAGGGUCUAUCAGGCGCACGUCUAUCACUAACAAAUCAUAUUCGAGAUAGUAAAAAUACCGAUGGUAAGAAAAAAGAGGCUUUUGGAUUCCAAGUUGGAUACGCAAAUCAGAAAAAGAUGGCGGAAAAAGCUGCUGCAUUAGGAAUAGAGCUGUUUGUUGUCGAUGACGGCUGGUUUCAUGGACGACACUCAGACAAAGCAGGAUUAGGAGAUUGGUUUGUAGAUAAAUUAAAGUUUCCGCUUGGUUUAAGACCAUUAGCAGAUCAUGUUCACAACUUGGGAAUGCAGUUUGGUCUUUGGUUUGAGCCUGAAAUGGUAAAUCCAAAUUCUAAUCUUUAUCGAAAACAUCCUGACUGGGUUUACUUUUAUCCCGAACGAACACGACAUGAAGCUAGGAACCAGCUUGUAUUGAACAUCUGUAAGCCAGAAGUGCAGCAAUACCUUUUAGAGUCAAUUGUAGCAAUUGUGAAUGAAGUAGGUGUAGAUUAUAUUAAAUGGGAUAUGAAUCGACCUAUAUCUGAGGCAGGAGGAUCUCCAGAACUGGGGAAAAUAGUUUGGAUUAAUCAUGUAAAAUCAUUUCAUUACUUGAUUGAGCAAGUAAAACUACGGUCCAAUCACCCAAUUAAGAUAGAAUCAUGUUGUAGUGGUGGGGGUCGAGCUGAUUUGUCAAUUCUAAAGCGUGUACAAUCUUGCUGGCCCAGUGAUAAUACUCGACCAGAUGCACGACUUCUGAUCCAACAUGGAGCAUCUUUAAUUAUGCCACCUAAUAUGAUGAGCUGCUGGGUGACAGAUUCCCCUAAUGAUGAUCCUCAUACCAUCAUUCCUAUUCCCUAUCGAUUUCAUGUCUCUUUCAUGGGCGCUCUUGGCAUUGGAUCUAACCUUAAUAAAUUAAAUACAGAUGAAUUUGAAACAUAUAGACGCUGGAUUGUGCUGUAUAAAAGCAUUAGACAUGUUUUACAAAAGGGCAAUUUGGAUUGGCUAGUAAUACCAACUAUGAACAAUGUCUCUUGUUGCAUUACUCAAACAACAACUCAAAUGGGUGAUGAAUCAGUUAUAUUAGCAUUUAGACAAACAAGCCCCUUUUGGUUUCCCUUGCGACCUAUUCGAUUACGUCGCUUGAUUGCGAUCGCCAUGUAUGAUGUAAGAAUUUGGAGUGAUGAUCCUCUCAUUCCUGUAUUUACAGGCAUUAUAUCUGGAACAGCUUUAAUGAACAGAGGUCUUUCAUUGCCCUAUUUAACUUCAAAAGCAUAUAGUAGUGUUGUUGUACAUAUAAAACAAAAACUAUAA